AUGAAUUUGCCUAACGUGAUUGAUAUCAACCUUUCUUACAAUGAGCUCUCAGGUCCAGUCCCAUCUUGCGCUAACUUUGUGAAUUCAUCCUUAGAAAGCAAUCCAGAUUUGUGUGGGAAUGUUACGGGAUUGAAACUUUGUCCAAGUCAGACUAUGAAGAAGAAAAAUGAUCCCUUCCAUCAUAAGCUUAUCCUUGUAAUUAUGAUCCCCCUUAUCGGGACUCUUAUACUUGGUGUAUUCAUGUAUGGCCUCAUUGCUUAUCAACAACAAAAGAAAAAGUCUCCACAAAAACCAUUGGAUGAAGAAAGUGGUGAUUAUUUCUCUAUCACAAGUUUUGAUGGAAAAGUGGUGUAUGUUGAUAUCUUGAAGGCAACAAAUGAUUUCGAUGAAGUAUACUGCAUUGGGACCGGAGGAUAUGGGACUGUGUACAAAGCCGAGCUACAACCUAACAAUGUGGUAGCUGUCAAGAAACUUCACUCAGGAUCGGAAAAUGUUGAUCAUAAUGGAUUCCUUAAUGAGGUACGAGCAUUAACGAACAUAAGGCAUCGAAACAUAGUGAAACUCUAUGGAUAUUGCUCCCAUGUUCGCCACUCAUUUUUGAUUUAUGAAUACCUUGAAAAGGGAAGCCUUGGAUCAAUAUUAAGAAGCGAUGUCUUGGCAAAAGAAUUGGAUUGGUUGAAACGGGUAAAUAUUGUAAAGGGUGUAGCUAAUGGUUUGGCUUAUAUGCAUCACGACUGCUCGCCUCCUAUAAUUCAUAGAGACAUUUCCAUUGCCAACAUCCUUCUCGAUUCUGAUUAUGAGGCACAUAUUUUUGAUUUUGGGACCUCCAAGCUUUUAAAGCUAGACUCAUCCAACUGGACCGCAAUUGCAGGCACAUAUGGUUAUAUCGCGCCAGAGCUUGCUUAUACGAUGGUGGCAAAUGAGAAAUGUGAUGUGUAUAGCUUUGGAGUUGUUGCACUAGAAGUGAUGAUUGGAAAGCAUCCUGAAGAACUGAUAACAUCUUUACCAACAUUGUCUGUUGAGUAUCUGGUCGCAGAAAAUGUGGGAGAUAGUCGGAUUCCGUCUCCCUCGUCACAAGUUGAGAAACAAGUUAGGUUGGUUUUGAGUCUCGCAAGAGCAUGUUUGAACUCCAAUCCACUUGAAAGACCAACAAUGCAGAAAGUUUCAAAUCUGUUAAUGAAGGAUCUGCUUUGACUUGACAUAUCUUACUUGAUAUACUCAGAGUUUUAGUGUUUUUUACUUUUAUUAAGUUCCCUAUAUGCAUCCUGUCAAUAUGUAUUCAUCUAAAUGGGUAUCCAUCUAAAUGGCUCCUUGUUCAGAAGCUUAACAUAUGUUUGUAGUAGUAAACAAUUAAGUCAAUGAAGAU